CAUUCUUAAGGGAGAUUUAGAAUAAAUUAAUGUAAUUUUGACACUACAGUAACAGGGCACAAUCAUAAUUCUGCAACCAGGAAGCAGUGAGAAGAUUUAACUGUCACAUUUCAUUUAAAAAACAUCCAAUGGAUGAACAUGGAGGCAACCCAACAAACGGAGAAAACAAGCAAAAGACUUACAGCAUGGACUCAAAGAAUGAGAAUGAAGAGACGACUGAGGAGACUGAGAACAAUCUGGUGCCUCAUGAAGUGCCAGAUAUCUGUUGGGGGAAAGGAAAAGUGCACCAAGCUUCAAAGCAGCAAAGAUGCCAGAGGAGGCAAAGCAGAUUUCUCACUUUGCUUUGAUGAGUGGAAAUACUUCUCCAUCCAGAUACCUGAGCAGAAUUCCAGUGCUGUGAAUCCCAAUCAAAUCAUGGUGGAGCUUCUUUUCUUUGAGCCAGCAGCAAGAGAUCCUAAACCAAUGGGCAGUGCUUUCUUCAAUGUGUUGAAAGUUCUCAAUGAAUCCAUUGUCAGUCAUCAGUUUAAUGUGAUCCUCAAUAAGCAGGUUGUUUGCAAGUUAGAUGUUGAGAUGGCCAUAACAUAUGGGUCAUUUGGUUAUGGACACUCUCAUCAGGUGAAGCAUCCUCAAAGGACUGUGGAGGAACAAGUGGAAAAAUCCCUUUUUCCCCACUGUCCUUCACCCGACAACCUCCAUGAUCCUGACCAUAAUGUAAAAACCACUCAGUCAGACAUUAUUUCUCAUUUGAUUCAAAGAGACAGCCAAGGAGGCAGAGAUCCCAGUGAUCUUAUGGACCAAAUAGAGAAGAGAGGCAGGUUACCCAAGCUUUAUAAAACUCUAGAACAAUGUGAGACGAAGCAAGAUGUUGUUCAGUUUCUGGAGAAACUGGUUCUGAGACAGGAGCCCGAAUCCCCCUGGACAACAAAUAACCUGGAAUCAGAAAAGCAACCAAACACAUCAGCAAGUCCAGUCCUGUAACCAUGAUAAAACUUCACCUUAAAAUGAAACCUGCCACAUUCUCCAACAGAAAGAAUCAGAAGACAGUUGAUUAUAAGAUGAUGUGGUGUUUAGAACAGUUUUUGAUCUCUUACACAAUGUGUGUGAAUGUUUUGCUUAUGAAUGUCUCAAUAAAGAUGCUGGACAAUAAA